AUGCCGCCGCCGUCGCAGCUCGAGAUUGCCGGCAGCGCAGGCAGGCUGCGCGACUCGCACAGAGCCACCUCACCCAACGCCGCCUCGAGGCACAAUCGCCUCCUCAGCACCGCACACAACGCAGCAGCAGCCGCAGCCGCAGACAUCGCAGACAGGAAACGCGCAGACCCACCCACCCCAUCCAACGGCAGCAGCUCCUUCCGACCCCCAAGGAUCCAGCGCGAUCGAAAGCCAGAGUACAAACAGGUGGAACAAGACGACGACGAAGAGGAAGAAGGCGCAAUCACCGCAGAGACCGACAAGGCCUCCCCUCCGCCCCGUCAAAAGCACGCUCAAGACCCUCCGCAGCAACAACAUCAUCAACAACAACAACAACAACAAACACGUCGGGACAGCAGCGGCUCGAACCAUGCUGCACCCGGGUCCAGCCGCCUCGACCCACCACCUCCGCCCGCCACCUCCAGGCGUGAGGCCGAUCGCCACGAACCCGUCCGGCGUCCCAGGACACCACCUCGAGCUGCGGAACCGCGGCGGCCCGCCGACCCGCCCUCGUCUUCGCGCGCAGGAGACGGCGGCUUCUUCACAGCAGCAAGGCCGCUGGACCGAGAUCGCUACCGCAGCUCCGAAGACCGUGCUAGGGAUGCCUGGGAUCGAGGCGCUUCUCCGCCCGCCUACCCGAGCCGUCACAGCAUAGGACACCGAAGCGACGCCUACGACAACCGCUACGGCGACGCCUGGUACGGACAACGCGACCGACUGCCCGACGUUGACAGGGACCGUGACCGAGAUCGCGCCUUUGCCUACGCCUCCCGCACCAGCGGCGACUCGUACCGGCCUGCCUCGCCCCCUCCGCCAUCACGGCGCGGCUACUAUCCGCAGAGCCCGUCGCCUCCCCGGGCCGCAGUCGCUCCGAGAGCCCGACCCUACGCCCAUGACCCUCGCUCGGCUUGGGACGAUGAUCUUCGCGAUGAGCGUGGCGCCAGACCGAGCUCUUUUGGAGACGCGGACCGUUACCGCGACCGUCCUCCACGGGCACCAUCUCCGCCUCGGGAUCGCGAUCGCCGAUUUGGAAGAGACAGCCGCAACGGUGAAUGGCACGCAUCUCGACCACUCGACCCACCAGCGCAUCGGCGGACCCGGGCCGAGUACGACGAUCUGCACGACACGCCAGUCAAGGAUGGCCCAGCACUGAGCGCAGCCCGACCGGGGGAUCUGGAUACCAGCCGGCCGGCGACCUCUCGCAAACGCUCGCGCUCGCCCUCUAGGUCCCCCCCAGCCGGCCUCUUGAAGCGCAAGCCCAACUUCACCGCGGUGCAGGCACCCGAGCCUGUCGAUGCGAGCACAGCCUUGGCCAAGUCUACGCUGGGAAGCCAGGUCUCUUCGGCGCUGGCGGGCACGUCGUCCUACACUCCGGGGCUUGAGUCGAGCCUCGAUGCCAAUGGGGCGCUCAGCGGCGUGUCGGCGCCGAGGUCGGGCAAAGACGCCUUGCUGGCCUCGGACAGCAAUGACUCCUGGUCUGCGCAGCCUGGCGCGCCCGAGCACCAGGCUGUGGAGAAAAAGUCGCUCCCUGGACCCGACGACAGCCGGGUCUCGAAAGUGGCCAGCGCCUGCGAGGCACUCGAUGACCCCAGCUGCCCUUCGGUCAAGCUCUCGUGCGCGCCCCGGAACCGCGGCGCGCUUUCCGGUCCGCAGAGGCGCAAGUCGCGGCCGCCGCCGGUGCCGCUCAACGAGAGAAAGUUCUACGGCUGCAGCUCGCUCGACGACUACGAGAUCACGGUCAAGCUCGGCCAGGGAACCUUUGGAGAGGUCAAGAAGGGUCGUCACAUCACCACGGGCGUACAGGUGGCGCUGAAGAAGGUGACGAUCCACGACGAGCAGGACGGCAUGCCCAUCACGGCGCUGCGCGAGGUCAAGCUGCUCAAGAAGCUCUCGCACCCAUCGAUUGUACCCGUCAUCGACAUGGCCUACCGCCCCUCGCGCGAGCGCGGCAAGCUGGGCGACGUCUACAUGGUCGAGCCCUACAUGGACCACGACCUCAACGGCAUGCUCGACAACCCCAACAUCCGGCUCGAGCACAGCCAGAUCAAGCUCUAUAUGAAGCAGCUCCUCGAAGGCACCCUCUAUCUGCACAAGAACCGGGUGCUUCACCGCGACAUGAAGGCGGCCAAUCUGCUCAUCAGCAACGAGGGCCAGCUGCAGAUUGCCGAUUUCGGCCUGGCACGCCCGUAUCGCGAUCCGGGGCAGGGAUGGAAGGCCAAGGGUUGGCAGGGUGGCCUGCACAAGUAUACCAACAUGGUCGUCACGCGGUGGUACCGGCCGCCCGAGCUGCUGGCCGGCGAGAAGAAGUACGGCCCGCCCAUCGACAUGUGGGGGAUCGGGUGCAUCCUGGCCGAGAUGGUGACCGGCAAGCCCAUCUUCAAGGGCACCUCGGAGAUCAACCAGCUCGAGCUCAUCUCGAAGCUCUGCGGCUCGCCCAACGAAGACAACUUCCCCGGCUGGAGCUCGCUGCCCGGCGUCAAGAAUGCCGAUCCUAAUGGCCGGCCCGACCCGAAUCCGCAGGUGCCGGGCAAGCUCGACUUUGGCAACUACGAGAGGAGCGUGAAGACCUUUUUCCGCACCACGGUCGACGUUGGUCCGGAGUGCGCCGACCUCAUCGACAAGCUGCUCGUCCUCGAUCCUGCCAGGCGUCUGACGGCAGCGGAGGCACUAGACCACGACUACUUCUGGUCGAAGCCGUUCCCGGCUGACCCCUCCUCCCUGCCCAAGUACGACCCGUCCAAGGAGCUGGACCGCACCAAGCGCGAUUUUAAGUUGCCCAUCCAGGCGCGACCGCCGCCGGCGCCCCCUCCGCAGCAGACGCAGCCGUACGGCAUGGCCCGACAGGCUCCCGGCAGCCACCCAUACCCACAGCAAGGACCCGGGAUGAGCAUGAGCGGCGGUAUGGGCAUGGGUCAGGGACCAGGACCCGGUAUGGGCAUGGGCAUGGGCAUGGGCAUGGGCAUGGGCGUGGGCAUGGCUAUGGGCAUGGGGGGAGGCACGGGUCGUCCUCCGCCGAUGGGCGGGUACGGCGGACCUCCACCUCCCCCCUCAGCACCGGGCUAUGCCGACCCGAUGGGGGGGCAGCCUGCUGGAGGAGGAGGAGGCUACGGCGCCUUUCCCAACCCUUCGCAGUGGAACGGGCCGGGCGGCCAACGAGGUCGAGGAGCGCCGCUACCGUCGCGACCUCCUCUGCCAUCGUACCGAGGUGGCGGCCCACCACCGCCGCAUUCACAGGGACAGUACGGCGUUGGUAUGGGCAUGGGACGGGGCCCACUGCUGCCGCCCUCGCAGCAGCAACCGCCAAUGGGAGGCUAUCCGCCUUCAGGCGGCAUGCGACAGCCGUACCAGAACGGCUCAGGCGGACCACCGGCCAACCCUUACAGCUAA